AUGGCUUCGAGUGACAUGAAGAAUUUGGAUGAUAUUGGUGGGACCCCGCCGUGUAACAAUGCUACUCGAACCACUACACCAAUUUGGGCAAUGGAGGUGGAUGCACAAASAAGUAUUCAAACUUYGACUGUCACGGAAUCAAGCCGAAAUACUGUUAUCCGAGAAGAAAUUGGGAAGAAACCUCAAUUCGCGCAACUUUAUAUCUACGACACUGAAAAUGAGACAAAUAACAUAAUUGAAGCAAUGAGAAGGCAAUUUGGAGUGGACGGCCUUGAUCUUCAAAUUAUACAAGAUUUGUCUACAAUGUUAGAAGAAAGCAAUGUGUUAGUACAUUCAUUUCGCAUGGCAAGAGACAGAUAUAUGUGUGAACCGAAUACUGUUUUUCGAUUACGGAUCAUAAACAGUCGCACAACGGAUGGCCGACAAUACAAUCUACCAAGUGCUAAUGAAGUUGCAGGCUUGAUUGUUGGUGACCUGAGCGAAAACAAUUUCGAGCGUGAUGUUAUUGUUGAACAUCGUACAACUGGACUUCAACGGAUUACUGAUCUCCAUCCGUCUUUUAUGUCGAUGACAUACCUGUUAAUACAUCCUUACGGUGAAGAUGGGUUCAGGCAAAAUAUAUUACUCCAAAAAAUGGACGGAUCUUCUUCAAAGAGACAAUUUGUAAUAAUGCGACAAUACUAUUGUUUUCGUUUGCAACAACGAUCAAACGAGGGCCAUACUCUUUUUCGUGCAGAUUUAUUUUCUGGGUUGAUGGAUGCCAUAAAUCGUGGUGACACAGAUGGAAAAAAAAUCGGAAAGUCAAUAAUACUACCCUCAUCACAUACCGGUAGUCCAAGGUACAGAGUUCAAAAUUACCAAGAUGCCAUGGCAAUAUGCAAGUGGGCUGGGUACCCGGAUAUUUUUCUGACAUUUACUUGCAACCCCAAAUGGCCGGAGAUAAAUGAAAUGCUCUACUUAAUAAAACAAGAAGAUGAUCCAAAUCGGGUUGACAUUGUAAGCAGGGUUUUCGAAAUAAAGCUCAAACAGUUGAUGGCGGACUUAAAAAUAGGAAAACCAUUCGGAACGAGAGGUCUUCCUCAUGCACACAUAUUACUUUUCUUGGAGUCGUCAGGGAAAAACCCAUCAACAGAUCGUAUUGACAGAAUCGUCACAGCCGAGAUUCCAAAUCAAAGUAUCGAUCCAGAUGGGUUUAAUGCAGUAACCAAAUUCAUGAUUCAUGGGCCAUGCGGAGAUCUCUAUCCAUCAUCCCCGUGUAUGUUACAGAGCAAAUGCUCUAAGCAUUUUUCCAAAAAAUUUGUCCCGCACACAGUAAUUGAUCAAGAUGGAUUUCCAAUAUACAGAAGAAGAGAUACAAGAGCUUUUGUGGAGAAGAAAACACAUAAGUUGGACAAUCGAUAUGUCGUACCUCAUAACAGAGGUCUGAUUGUUAAAUUCGAUGCUCAUAUCAAUGUUGAGCUUUGUAAUCAUUCAAGAGUCGUGAAGUACCUAUUCAAGUACAUACAUAAGGGUUCUGAUAGAGCUACUGCUACAGUUUAUUCAACAAACCCGAAUGAUGACCAUGAUGAAAUAAAGACAUAUUUAGAUUGCAGAUACAUUUCGGCUGCUGAAGCAUGUUGGCGUAUUUUCCAGUAUGAUAUUCAUUUCAGAUAUCCAGCAGGGGAGCGGUUACCUUUCCAUCUUCCAGAUGAACAACCAGUUGUUUUUAACGAAAAUGAUAACCCGGAGUCGGUAAUGGUCAAACCUGGAGUAAGUAGAACAAAGUUCACAGAAUGGCUUGAAACCAACAAAAGAAAUCCCGAUGCCAGAGAACUUAGUUACUCAACAUUCCCAAAACACUGGGUCUGGAAUGCAAGAGAUAAAAUAUGGACAAGACAUAAAAAGGGCAUAUCAAUUAGCAGAAUAUACUUCACCCAUCCGUCAUCCGGCAAAAGGUUUUACAUGCGCAUGCUUUUAAACUUUGUAAAAGGGUGCACUUCGUACGAACACAUUCGAACGGUGAAUGGCAUCACAUAUCCUUCUUUCAAGGGAGCUUGCUAUGCUCUUGGAUUGUUAGAUGAUGAUGAUGAUGAUAAUGAAUGGGUUAAUUGCUUAACAGAGGCAGCAAAUUGGGCAACUGUCACGAGUUGCGACAUUUGUUUGUCACAAUUCUUGCAAAUUGCCAAGUCUCAAAUGCACCAAAUCUUUGGAAAAGAAAUUACGCAGCAUUGUCCGAAGAUAUAG